AUGGUAUGCGUUGCCCAAGACACUUGUAAAGGCAAACCAAUUGAGGAUCCGACACUGAUUAAAAAACUGUUAGAACUAUGCGACAGCAAAACCGAGCCUUUACCAAGUCUAUUGCCUCUUGUUCCUGGAAUGCCUGGUAUUUUAACGCAAAAUAUUGCUAUUGAAUUGGGUCUUAUCAACGGUGUGAGUAGAAUCUUUCGACAACUUGUCUACCCGGUAGAUUCUGUGUCAACCGAUGUUAUUUUCGAAGCAUUUUCUAACAACACACAAUACGCUCAUCGACCUUUAUAUGCAUUAGUCGAAAUCGCCCAAUCAAAGAUUGAAUGCAGUUUCGGAGAACUUCAACCAAAAGUCGUUCCAGUACCGUUAAUAGAACAAACAUUUCGAGCUGAUAUUGUCAAUAUUCUUCCAAAAAGUAUAAAACCAAAAUUAAAUAGAAAAGCAGUUUUAUCGGUUAAACAAUAG